AUGGCAUACCGAAGCUCAACCCACGCCUCCACCGGAUUUACACCCCACUACCUCUGGACUGGACGCGAGUUACGUCUCCCAGUAGACCUCAAACACCCCUUAGAUGCUCCUGACCCUACUACCGUUACCACAUACGCCUCCCAACUCCGCGAAACAAUUCGGACCGCCUAUAACGCGGCACGCGAGGUGAUCGGCAUCUCAUCAGCCCACCAGAAAACACAGAGCGAUCGCCGUUCGACCGGAACUAUACAUCAAAUCGGCGACUUAGUUAUGCACCACAAUCCGGUACCUCCACGAGGAAUGUCAACCAAAUUCCAUUACCCAUGGCAAGGUCCCUUUGUCGUCUUAGAUACCCCGUCCCCCACGACCUAUCUCAUACGUGACGCUUCCCAACCCCACGCGCCACCUUUCACAACAAACUUCAAAAAACUCAAACCCUACCGCGGUCGUCUACCCAUCUGCACACCCGACUCCCUACCCAUCAUCCCAUAUGACCAAUUCCCCCCACCAAUCGUCGAAGUCACUAUACCCUCGCCCAUUAUCCCCAGCAGCACUGAGGACAGGGCUGCACCUUCAGAGGGGGGCAUGUAA